AGAAGACACCUCUUCAGGCACGCCGGCUUCCCCCGCGCGACGAAGCUGAAACAUCAAUAAACUUCGUCGCUUCCAAAAAAAAGGGGAGUAGUUACGGACGGGCGUCAUGGCGGACCCGGCGGCGCAGGCCUCCCCACAGCCCCGGCUUCAGCAGAACCAGGCCAGCAUGACGGUUGGUUCGAACGCCAGCUCGGGCUCCGGCUCUGGAUCCGGGUCCGGCAAUAGUGAUCCGGCCAGGCCGGGUCUGAGCCAGCAGCAGCGCGCCAGCCAGAAGAAAGCGCAGGUCCGUGCUUUUCCGCGGGCCAAGAAGCUGGAAAAGCUGGGAGUGUUUUCUGCUUGCAAGGCCAAUGAUACUUGUAAGUGUAAUGGGUGGAAGAACCCUCACCCGCCGACUGCCACCCGGCUGGACCUGCAGCAGCAGGCAGCCAGCUUGAGCGAGCCCUGCCGGAGCUGCGGACAUGCCCUGGCGGAACACGUGUCACACCUGGAGAACGUGUCAGAGGAGGAGAUCAACCGGCUUCUGGGGAUGGUGGUGGAUGUGGAGAACCUGUUUAUGUCUGUCCACAAGGAGGAAGACACUGACACCAAACAGGUGUACUUCUACCUCUUCAAGUUACUCAGGAAGUGCAUCCUGCAGAUGAGUAAGCCCAUAGUGGAAGGGUCCCUGGGCAGCCCCCCCUUUGAGAAGCCCAACAUCGAGCAGGGAGUGCUGAACUUCGUGCAGUACAAGUUCAGCCACCUGGCGCCCAAGGAGAGGCAGACGAUGGUCGAGCUAUCCAAGAUGUUCCUGCUGUGCCUUAACUACUGGAAGCUGGAGACACCGUCGCAGUUCCGCCAGCGCUCCCAGAAAGAUGACAGCACGGCCUAUAAAGUGAACUACACCAGGUGGCUGUGUUACUGCCACAUCCCGCAGUGCAACGACAGCCUGCCGCGCUACGAGACCACGCAGGUGUUCGGCCGCAGCCUUCUCAAGUCCAUCUUCACCGUCACGCGGCGCCAGUUGCUGGAGAAGUUCCGCACCGAGAAGGACAAGCUGCUGCCUGAGAAGCGAACUCUCAUCCUCACACAUUUCCCCAAGUUCCUUUCCAUGCUGGAGGAGGAGAUCUAUGGGGAGAAUUCGCCCAUCUGGGACGCAGACUUCACCAUGCCCGCCUCAGAAGGAGGGCAGAUUGGGCACCAGACGGCAGUGAUCAGCCCCGCGUCCGUAUCGGGCACCCCUUCCUUCACCAAAAACAGCAGCAACUCCUGUUCUCUGGGCAGCGCUAGUCUGGAUUCUGGUGUCUCGGAGCCCAUGCCAGGUGAGAAGAGGAGGCUUCCAGAGGCACUGACUCUAGAAGAUGCCAAGAGAAUCCGCGUGAUGGGAGAUAUCCCCAUGGAGCUGGUGAACGAGGUCAUGAUGACCAUCACCGACCCUGCUGCCAUGCUGGGGCCGGAGACAAGCCUGCUGUCGGCAAACGCGGCGCGGGAUGAGACUGCCCGGCUGGAGGAGAGGCGCGGCAUCAUCGAGUUCCACGUCAUCGGCAACUCGCUCUCCCAGAAAUCCAAUAAGAGGAUCCUGAUGUGGCUGGUGGGCCUGCAGAACGUCUUCUCCCACCAGCUUCCCCGCAUGCCUAAGGAGUACAUCACCAGGCUGGUGUUUGAUCCGAAGCACAAGACGCUGGCCCUCAUCAAGGACGGACGUGUUAUCGGGGGGAUCUGCUUUAGGAUGUUCCCCACCCAAGGUUUCACUGAAAUAGUCUUCUGUGCAGUUACAUCUAACGAGCAGGUCAAGGGUUACGGCACUCACCUGAUGAACCAUCUGAAGGAGUAUCACAUCAAGCAUGGCAUACUGUACUUCCUCACGUACGCCGACGAAUACGCCAUUGGCUACUUCAAGAAACAAGGCUUUUCCAAAGAUAUUAAGGUGCCAAAGAGCCGCUACCUGGGCUAUAUUAAGGAUUAUGAGGGGGCGACUCUGAUGGAGUGCGAGCUCAAUCCCCGAAUCCCCUACACAGAACUCUCUCACAUCAUCAAGAGACAGAAGGAGAUUAUAAAGAAGCUCAUUGAAAGGAAGCAGAGUCAGAUCAGGAGGGUCUAUCCGGGCCUGACGUGCUUCAAGGAGGGUGUGCGGCAGAUCCCGGUGGAGAGCAUCCCUGGAAUCCGUGAAGCUGGAUGGAAGCCCAGCGGGAGGGAUAAGUGUAGCAAGGAGUUGAAAGACCCUGAUCUCUUAUAUAAUAUUCUGAAAAACCUGCUGGCACAGAUUAAGACUCACCCAGACGCCUGGCCCUUCAUGGAGCCGGUGAAGAAAGCCGAAGCUCCAGAUUACUAUGAAAUCAUUCGCUUUCCCAUCGAUUUGAAAACCAUGACAGAACGCUUGAAGAAUCGUUACUAUGUGACGAAAAAGUUGUUCAUCGCCGACCUGCAGCGCGUUAUCACCAACUGCCGGGAGUAUAACCCCCCCGACAGCGAGUACUGCAAAUGUGCCAACACACUGGAGAAGUUCUUCUACUUCAAGCUAAAGGAGAGCGGCUUGAUUGACAAAUGAGGAUGAGGUACCACCUUCAAAAGCAAUGCAUUGUGGGAGGGGUCGGCAGGGUCCAAGAGAACACCACAGAUGAAGCUUAUGAACUAUGGAACAAAGAGUGGGAUGUGAAGCGUUACUGUGGCAGGAGACGGUAGGGAUUGAGUGUUUCCCGCACAGGUGCUUUCAGCUCUGGUUUGCGGAGCCUCACAUUUUGGUUUUGCUUUGUUCUGGCUGAGCUCUUAAUUAGCAAGUACUGAGCUGUUUGAAAUAAUUGCCAGGUUUCAGUCAUGUUAUGAGUGAAUGUGUUUAAAGGGUUUGCUAUAUUUUUUUAUCACUUGUGAAAAAGUGUUAAUUUAUUAUUAUUGAAUCAUUUAGUGAUCUUUUAUGUAAAUGUAGUAAUCAAGUAAUUGAAUUAAAUGCGCCUUCGUUAAAACAAACAAUCCUGGCAAAUAUUGUUACUUUUGCAUGUGUUGCUCCAAUAAGACACAUUGGGUUUUCCACGAAUGGGAGAAAUGUCCACCAAACAAGUAUUUAAUUCAUGCAGUUUUUAGCUGAGACUAAUAUAAAAUUACGGUCAAGUCAAGAGCCAGCCAGGCCCAGAGUUGAAAGCUCCUCCAGAUUUGUGUUGUUCCCAGCACCAAGUUGCUAUGUUUAAAAUAAGGUGAAUACGGUGGAAACCUUUUUGUUCUGUGACGUUUGCAUUAUGGAUUAUUAUUUAGCCUUUUUAAUGAACAACGGUCCCUGUUGGGAAAGGAGUGGUCACAUGAAGCUGUUUUGCGUACAACCAACAAACAUUUAGCCAAGGCUGUGCAAACACAGCAUGCAUAAGUGCAGAAGUGGAAAAAAAAGUCAAAGCCCCUGGGCUCAGUCACAAAUUAAGACAGUUAAUCAAUAUGAUAUUAAGCUAAGUGGCAUUAUGAUGUCUGUUACAUAGUACAUGUUCCGUGUCAAGUGUGAACCUCUGGUGGGUCUCUUCAGGGUCCUGUUUUUGGUUUCAUUCAAGUACCAUUGGGAGGGUCUGAUUUGGGCCUGACUCGCUCUUGGACCCUUGUGCCACUGGCUGCCCCUCUCCUGCACCGCAGUGGAGUCACCCCGUACAGUGGGGCCUGUACUAUGAGCGCUAAUAAUAACUCGGUUUCGUAUUCCCUCUACUGUAAGCUACAAGUGUCACAAAGGCUACACUCCACGUUAUUUGUUGCUCAUUUGUCUCUAUUGCUUGAGUUUUAAGAAAAAGAAUUGUCGCAUAUUACAUGAAGGGCAUUAUGUUUGUUUUUUUUGUGUGUGUGUGUGUGGUUUUUUUCUGCUUGUCUUCGCCUUUUGUGCCUGAGUCUUGUUCAUACGAACCAUAAUGGGAGUCAAAACCCGCAGUGGCUGAUAUCCAGGUCCUUCAUGUCAUUCAAAGCCAAAUUUCCAGUUUAUCCAUAUAAGGCUUCAAUGUCAAGCGUUUGGUUUUCGGUCACUUGUUAAACUUUACUCCCCUUUUCACUGUACGUGCAAAUAAAGUGCUUUUAUAUGGUAUUCUUCAUUUUCAGUGGUGUUGCUAUGAGGAAUCUGCAGUGGGGCAGAUUCUACAUUGAUUUUCAUGGAAAAGUGAAGUGAUUGUAAAAUGGACAUGUUGUGUUUCCUCACACUGCUCUGCUCUGCUUGAAAGCAAAUGUAUCAGUAGAGAGAUGCGUACAUGGUUUAUGUUGGUGUAGUGGGGCUAUAAAGCUGACAUCCUCUAACUUGUUUUAGUUGAAAUGCCAAGGAACUAUGUAUGAGGACCUGGGGGUGGUCCACAGAGCAAGAUUUCUCAAUUAGCUGGGUUAACUUAAGCUGAAAGUUAAGAUUGUCCAAUAAGAGUUUAAGUAAGGAACAUUCCUAUUAGACCAUCGUGACUUCUAGCUGAAGCUACCUCAGAUAACUGUGAAAUCAUGGGUUCUAGGUCUAGCACAGUGUUUCCGAACCCAGUCCAUGUGUUCCAGACAGCUCACAUUUUUGCUCCCUCCUAAUACAAAUGUGUGAUCACUUAAGUAACUAAAAUGCACUGGUGGGAUCCUCCUUCAGAAUUGUUCACAUUGUCAUCCCCUAGUCUAGGAGAAGAAUACGAAGGAAACACCACCUCUUUCUGCCUGUACUUUCAUUCAUUUUUUCCCCCUCACUUUUAGUCUGAGUGCUACUUUUCAAAACCUGAAUAUUCAUGAGGAAAUACAAGUAUAGAAUGAGGUAAAUCGCUGCUUUUUCAGUAAGCACCCACCCACCACCCCCCCAUCACAGAUUUACAAAACAUUAGCCAGUGCUGCCUUGCAAAAUUCAAACAAAUAGUAAGUGUUACUGUUGUUGAUCUGCCCAUCAGAAAAGCUGGUGGUCAAUUUACUGCUAGGGAAAUUUUGCUCCACUGGUGAUUUUUCCUCCCACUUGUAUCCUAUUGUCAGACCUUAUGGAUUGUAACAGUUUUUUUUAUUAUUAUUUUUUAGAUGACGUUGGUUUAUUUUUGUUUUUCUUUAAGUGUAUUUUAUAUGAUGAUUUUCUUCUAUUAUCAGAUGACAUGGAACAAUUAAAAAACUUCAAUAAUGAUAUUUGUUACAUCAUUUAUUUGGAAGAGUGUUUUCUUCAUUUUUGGCAGGAUGUAACUGAUUGAAGCUGAAACACAAUCCCCGUUUAGUCACAUUUUUAGCGCAGUCUGUGAGCACAGAAGCACAUCAGCGUGUCCCGAGUUCCUCUGCAGUGUUUCUCGUUUUCAUUGUCCGGGUGACUUAUUUCAUUUUGUAUGCAUGUUAGCAUAGUGAGUUGCUUGGAAUCACUCCCUACAAUCCAAAGACUAGUGAUCCAGAUAAGAAUGCAAAUUUAUAUGGGCUUUAUAUGGGACGGACUGGCAUAUUAACUAGGGUGCUGUGCCUCCCUGGACGGGCUCCAGCUACCACAAGCUUAAUUAUAAAAGCUGUUACUGAUAAUGGAUCGGUGGAAAAUAAUUGCAAUAAACUCCCCAUCUCCAUUGUGACGUUUACACUGGUGCACUUCUAUGUGAGAAGCGCUGUGCGUCUUGUGUUUACACAAGGUUUGGCUGUGAUUUGAUGUGUAUGUGCAAGAGCAUUAACUAGUAAUCUAUACGUAUGUGAACUGUACUAAUAUUCAAAUCUCUAUGUGAAUGUGUUUAUUAGACGUGCAAAAAAUGACCAUGGCUAGUUUGUGUAGAAAAUAAAAAUAGUAUGAUUUCCCUUG